AUGGCCUCCCCAGUGGAUACCCGACCAGCCUCCCUACGAAGUGCUGGAGCCCCCAUCAAGGUGAGUAGCCUCGAGGCAUUCCAAGAGCUGCUCAAACAGCAUGAAGACGUGGUGGUCUUUGCCUACAAGAAAUACUGCCCUUACUGUGCACACAUGAGGCCAAUCUUCGAGAACAUUUCCAAGGCGCCGUCGCAUGAGGAUGUGUUGUUUGUGAGAGUCGAUUUAAGCAAUCCAGAGGAAGUAGGCGUUAGAUAUAAUGUCACCAGAUAUCCAACAAUUGUCUACUUCCUUCGAGGGCGCGAGGUUGUUCGCUUCAACGGCUCGAGAAAACAAGAAGAGCUCGAGGUAAUCUACGUGAGGCAAUCAAUUCAGCGAGAACAAACGGACGAAGCGCAGAUCCACUACCGUGCUGAGAGCCACUACGCCAGAGACGGACAUUACUGUCAGGGCAUGUACGAGGAUAGGACUUCAAAACUCGCUAUUUUCAGUAACCGGAAGGAGCCAUUCAACGACCUGGAACCAAAAUGCAUCAUCAGACCCAAGGCAGCAAAUCGCGAAACGCGGACCCAGAUCGCUCGAGCAAACGAAGGAAAAGCUCACUUCACCGUUUACGUGUGGAAUAAGCCUGUGGAGGCACCUGGGAAGGUGUUCUUCCGAUUGGAUUUCAUGAAUGAGGGGCCGGCGGAAGAUCGCUUUGAAUCCGCCAUGUUUCAAGUCACCUUCGGUCAUGACGACACCGACGACACUCGAUUUCCGAUAAAAAUCGCGGACGUCUUUCCAACAAGCGCUGAGCAGUUGGUGUCGCACACAGUUUUCGAUGCAGAUUUGGGUAUCGAUGCAAGCAUGGGUUCGGAGGAGGAUGCAGACGAAGCGAGGAGAAAGGAAGAGACGUUCAUCAGUGGACAAGGCCAACACAGUCCAACAGCAACCUGGAAUUUCGUCGAAGCGGACGGCCAAGGCCUUGACUCCCAGUAUACACUGUCAGUCACCCUUCCCGUCACCAACAAGAUUUGGAUGAAGUUUUACGGAAAAGCAGUUCACAUUCGAGGACGAGGACUGGCCUUGGGAAGGAAACGAGUGAUUAUUCAAGUCGGGUCGUUAGAAAAGCCGUACGAGAGGAUCCUAGAUCUCACCGAAGUCAUAUAA